GCGUCAUCUGACUACGGAGCCUUGGUCGGGGUGUGCUGGCUUGUAAAGCAGGCGCACCCGUAGGAUUACAUAAACAGUGAGAAGCGCAGUUACUUAACACGGUUUUUUCCCCAUUCAUUCAUACUGAGGAUACAGUUGAGUCCCACCUUCUUCACAACAAAACCAUUGUAGCUUGGGUUGUGCAACUCCGAUGCUUGGUCGUUUUCGAUUUAUUUCAUUUGAACGUUGUCUAGGGCCUACAGGAAGGCACAUAACGAGACGAAACAUGGAGAAAAGCAGCGGGACAACUUCUACAAAAAGAAAAGCUUCCUCAUCUGAGACAAGUCUUCCAGACUGCAAAAAUAUGAAAUCGAAGGAUAGUGGCAAGACUAGCGCAAAUAAAGCUCUGAACAAGAAAAAGUCUAAAAUAGAGAAGGACUCGUCGAGCAAGAAAAAACACACAUUCUUGGGUAGCUCAGAAGUUUCUCUAAGUUCUAAAGAUGCAAGCCAGAAGAUGAUCCGGGAUGGAUGCCAAGAGGUUUCAAAGAAUGACAAAGGACAACUUGUUUUUAAAGACUUCCCACAGUUCCAACCUAACAUGUCACCAAAAGAAGUACUUCAAGCUGGCAGCUUUGGUGGUACCUACUUCAGACCAAUAUACUCAAGUGUCACAAAACACAAUUGCAAAGAUGAAUGGAAUGAGCUCCCUGAGGAUUGGCUGAAAGGUUUGAACAUUCCCACACAGGUGGCCUCAUCAACAUACAGAGAAAGUGUAAACACAUACAAAGUGAAGUGUGGAGGCAGUCUAGAAAUGUGGGAAAGCAGUGGAUGGAUUGUAACCCAGGAUCCCUAUGGGUGGUUUCAGUGGUACUGCAGGUUUUACCAUGGUCGGCGUACUAAGGAUGAUGAGCGUCAGAUCGGGCGAUGGUCAAAGUGUGCUGGGGUAAAAGGCCGGUGGAGAAAUAAUCUGAUAACCAAAGUAGUCCGGUCAGGCUGUGGCUUUGACAACCCAACAAUCUCUCCUGUGGUCAGACAGACAUUACAGCACUGGGGGUACCGACUGACCAAGGAGGACUACAAGGAGGGUGCCAAGAGGGUUAAGCCAAAAUAACCGUGUAUUCAUUAUACUGGUACAGUAGGGAGGCUGGUGGGUGGAGCUAUAGGACGGGCUCAUUGUAAUGGCUGGAAGGAAUUUAAAUGGAACAUUAACAAACAGAUCAAACAUAAGGAAACAACAUUUGAUUCCAUUCCAUUUAUUUAAUUACAGCCAUAACAAUGAUCCCAUCCUCCUAUAGCUCCUUCCACCAGUCUACACUGGGGUACAGAAAUAAGUGCAUGAGUUUGACUGUUUUAUUUGCAAACGUGUGUUUGUGGUAUUUUUGAUACUGUAAAUGCAAUGUUUAACUUUAAUUUGACUUUAAAAAGAGAUACCUAACUCCCUUUCUUGGA